CACAAAAGAGCUCUUCAACAGAGUCUCACACUCUUUAAAGCGCAUCCACACUCUCGACAUCGACCGCCGGCACCGAACGCACACGGGCCCAGGCUGGCUCACAUUCUCACAAUGCAGGCCGUGCGGCCGGCCGCCCACGUUCUCGCCCGCGGCCUCCUCCCUCUGCGCGCGGCGUCGUCCAUCGCAGCGGCCGCGCGGCCUCGGAUAGCAUCGCGUGCAGUGGCGAGGCUGCAGGUGGAUCGACAUCUCAACACCUUGGCAUACUGGGGACUGGUGACGAGAAGACCACCACCGCCAUCGACGACACCAUCGUCGCGUCCGGCGAUUCCCCGCGCCUUCCCUCGCCAGCAGCGGGCCAACUCCACCCUCCCGCCCAACGAGCCACCAACACCAUCAGCAACAAAGCAGCCAUGCCCUAACUGCGACCCUCCGACGCCGCCAGCGAUGCCGCCAGCACCUCGGCCGCCCCCGGGCCACGUGCAGGACUACAUCCCAUUCAUCCGAAACCUUAUCCACCGCUCCGACACGCUUCAGCAAAAGGCGCACCACAGACCCACUAAAGAAGACCUCCUCGCUGCGACGUCGCACUGGUGGCAGCGCUUCUGGAUCCGUGUCAAGUGGUUCACUAUUCGUGGAUGGCGCAGGUUCAACACGGAUGACUUGAGCGCGUUCUUUUCCUGGUUCUUGGUUGGGAAUACCCUAUGGAUUCUGCUCGGCACGACUACGUUUAUCUCGGCUGUGUUCGCGACGCUCAACUCUCUCUCGAUGCAGGAAUACGUCGCGCGCUGGAUUUCAGACUACCUCACCUCACAGGCUGGAGUCACCGUCAUUUUCGAGUCCGCAAUUGUACCUCGCUGGGGUGCCUCGACCAUCGCGUUCAAGAACGUGUACGUGUCUCGCCGGCCCCAGGACAAGGAGACGGAGAAGGCCAAGGCCACGACGGCCAAGCCGCCCGACGCGGUCGCGUUCCCCUCGUCGUCUGUCCCAGUCGACACGUACGUCGAUGUGCCGCGGGCGGCUCCGGCCGACAACUUUACAAUGUUUGACAUCAACUUUGACGAGAUUGAAGUCACGCUGGACCUGAGGCGAUGGAUCGACGGCAAGGGACUGGUCAAGGACGCAAAGUGCAAAGGUGUCCGUGGUGUGAUCGACCGUCGUUGCGUCUGGUGGGACACGACCAAGAAGCUCGUGCCAGCAGACUUCCGUCACGCCACGUACCCUGGUGACUUUGAGCUCGAGUCGUUCCAGGUCGAGGACUUCCUUGUGACGGUGUACCAGCCCGGCGGCCAGAGGCCUUACAACGUAUCGAUCUUCAACGCGCGCUUUGGUCCAUUCCGCAAGCGCUGGCUCUUUUACGAUAUGCUCAGCGCCGAGGCGAUGACAGGGCAGUACGACAACUGCUUGUUCUCGCUCCACAUGCCGCAGAAGCUGGGCCGGACCAAGGUCCCCGAGAACAGCGAGGUCAAGCGCAUGGCCCGUUUCCGCAUCGACGGCUUGCCGAUCGAGCACGCGCAGUAUGCGUCUGGUAACGAAGGCCCAAUGUCGUGGAUCCUCUCAGGAAAGCUUGACGCAGUUCUCGACAUCAAGUUCCCUUCUCAUCCCGACGACGACGCUGUGGACGUCAAGGCGAUCAUCGACCAGAUCGCCACCAAUGUCACAACCAUUGCGACUUCUGGCCAGCACCCAGACGAUGCGACAGGCGACGACGAGGUGCACGAGCGUGCCGCUGCGCAAAUCGCGGACACGAUUGCUGCUGCCGAGUCGAGCAGCCCAACAUCGUUACUUCCCGGGCAGCACAGAUUAUCCCAACCUGCACUGAGAGCGCCCGAGCCGUCAAGAGAACAGGAGGACCGGCGGCAGCUCACAAUAGACAUCGACCUGCGUUUCCGUGACCUCAAGGCCGCGGUACCCGUGUUCACGUCCGACCUGAGCGUCACCAACAAUGCGCUCAUCCGCCCAAUUGUGGCCUUUAUCAACGCCAACCGGACCCUCAUGCCCAUCCACGCGCAGGUUCACGCCGACCUGACCGACUUUGUCGGCUCAUGGACCCUGUUUGAAACGGGCCUCAUGUCGAGCAUCUCGGAGCAGAUCUAUGCCGCACUGGCAUAUCACGUCUCUUCAGAAGCUGCCAACUCGAAGCGUCUCAAGCAGGUCAGCUUCUGGGGCAUCCAGCGUGGCGCCGAAGUGCUGCUGGAUACAAUCAAGGUUGUUGUCGAUCCGCUCCAAGGCCAGACCGCGACCGCGAUGGCCGCGGGCUAGAAGCCGCCCUUCUCUCCACUCCCACUCACGUACCCACUUGCACACCACUGCACUUUCCAUAUCCGCACUGCAUCGCUAGCAUUUUUUUCUCCCUGGGCAUAGUGUCUCCACUCAAAAUGUAUGGUUUCUCGUCAUGA